CAUUCUCCAACUCAGUAUUGGAUUUUUUUUUUUCUGUUUUCCUCAUUUGUAUCUCUGUGUCUUUGUAUACUGAUGAGUGAAAGGUGUUGCCCAAGCGAGGACAGCUUUUUCUCCUCUUUUUUAAAGUCAGCCGAGGCCCCACCCCUCCGUGUUUCCUGCUGCAGGGCUUCUGACUCGUGCUGACUGUGAGGAAGUUACUGAGCAGUCAGUUCUGUUUUGAAACGUGGGGCUUCCAAACGUGGAUGAGGAGCUGGUUUUGAAGACUGCGCUGGACGCGAACAGGCCGUCUUAAAAGUGCUAUGGCUAAGCCUGUUCCCAUCCCCACACUGACCGUCCUCCCACCGUCAUCCGAUACCGAGUCAUGGUCCCGUUCGCCCAGCCCCCGGCCCCAUCGGACCCACCACUCUCACAGGACCUGCGAAAAAGAGAAACAUCGAGCCCACGCUCAGGAGAACCCAGCAGAACCUGGUGCUCCAGAUCAGAAUCGCCCCGAAUGCAACCGGAUCAGAGCCGAAGAGAAAAGGAGCAGGAGGCGGAGCCUAUCGCCCAGAAUCCUGAAACGUACAGACAGGGUGGAGGAGGUGGGGGUACAUGGGCAGCAGGGCAGAUUCUCCCCCCUCCUGCUGCGCCCGUCCCGCUCACGCUGGUCCCUCCGCAGCUUCCUCAGCAAGGACUCGGACUGGGACAGCAGCUGCAGUACUGCCAGUAACUCUCCUCGCAGCACCCCGGGCAGUUCCCCAUCUCUGCGGCGGCGUGUGCUGGGGGGUCGGGGCAGUGAGGGGGAGGGUCCUGCUGACCGAAGCGCUGGAGGGGGCUCUGAAAGCCCCCAGCCCACUACACCAUCAUCCACCUCCUCUUAUCCCAACGCCGCACGACACUUCACACGCAAUGCCAAGAAAAUGCAGAGCUGGUACAAUGUACUCAGCCCUACAUAUAAGCAGAGGAACGAGGACUUUCGCAAGAUCUUUAAGAAGCUCCCGGAUACUGAGCGUCUGAUAGUGGACUACUCGUGUGCUCUGCAGAAGGACAUCCUGCUCCAGGGCCGGCUCUACCUGUCUGAGAACUGGAUUUGCUUCUACAGCAACAUCUUCCGCUGGGAAACCACUAUUACCAUCCUGCUGAAGGACGUCACCAGUCUGACCAAGGAAAAAACAGCCAAGCUCAUCCCCAACGCCAUCCAGAUCUGCACUGAGCAGGACAAGCACUUCUUCACUUCUUUCGGGGCGAGGGAUCGCAGCUACAUGAUGAUCUUCAGACUGUGGCAGAACGCUCUGAUGGACAAGACUCUGUCUCCUAAGGAGCUGUGGCACAUCGUGCACCAGUGUUACGGCACUGAGCUGGGUCUGACCAGUGAGGACGAUGACUACGUCUCCCCUACAGCGGAGCAUAUGAACGGCCUGCUGCCGGGAGAUGAUGCCGUAUGUGUUAAUGAUCUGCUGGAUCAAGCUGCUGUGGCUCCUCCUGGUUCUUCUCCUCCGUCCUCCUCGUCGUCCUCCUGCCCUCCUAUGGAGGUUCCGGCCGUCAGAGCGAGCACUGAGCCUGAGCCGAGUCCGCCCAGCUCCACGCACACCACCAACAUACAACCCACACACUCCACGCACAGCACUACCGCCACCGCUGCACCCCUGACUUUCACUUCCACCACCACGAGCGUAGAGGAAGGUGGACAAGAGAGCCAGUCAGAACCUGCCAGUCAGGCGGCAGCAAUGUCCAGUGCAUAUGGCCUGGGUAACGUGUCGUCACUGGACAUAACCAACGACGAGGAGCUGCCCACCGAUCCCAGCAACUCCUCCGACACGCAGGAAGAGAGUGAAGUGGAGUCUUUCUGUUCGGAUCUGAAGGGCCGACUGCACAUUAACACGGUUCUGCGGAUUGGAGUGGAUAAAUUGCACGAUUUGCUGUUCUCUGACACGCACUUCCUCCAGCACCUCUUCACCCAGCGCCACUUCACCGAUCUCUCAGUGCAGGAUUGGCAGCAUGACGUUAGCAGUGGGAACAGCACUAGAGUGCUCAGUUACACCAUCGCCAUCAACAACCCCCUGGGCCCUAAAACUGCCCCCGUGGUCGAGACUCAGACUCUGUAUAAGAGCAGUUCUCGAGGGGAGUGUUACGUGGUGGACUCUGAGGUGAUCACCUCAGGCAUCCCAUAUCAGGACUACUUCUACACCACACACAGAUACUGCCUUACAGCCGUCAGCAAAACCAAGAGCAGGCUCAGGGUUUCGUCUGAUAUCUGCUACAGGAAGCAGCCGUGGAGUCUGGUGAAAGCUCUGAUAGAGAAGAACACCUGGAGCGGCAUAGAGGAGCACUACAGACACAUGGAGGUGGAGGUUUGCAAGUUGGAGACUCUCCUGCAGUCUGAAGUGUCUGUGGUGGGUGUCGGUGAAGCCCCCGGCGCAGACGGGGCAAAGGCAGCCGGCGGCCUGCGUAGACGAAAACGUACCUGCUCCAGACGCGCUGCAGAGAGGGAGGGGCCAGGGGGCGCCGGAGAGCGGGCCGAGAGAGGGGUCACGGACGAGAGAGAGCGGAGAGACACAGGUGGCCAGUAUUUGAAGGUUGGAGAGAGGUGGCGUGGAGCAGCCGGCAAUAACAACAUCUCCACCAUCCUGCUCAUCAUCAGCUUCAUGAUCUGUAUCAGUCUGGUGGUGUUGGUAGCGCUGAACAUGUUGCUGUUCUAUAAGCUGUGGGCUUUGGAGCGAGCUGCUCACACACUGGAGACCUGGCACUCGUACUCGCUUUCUGACAGUCCCCUCCCUCAGUCGGCUGCAGAGUGGACGCAGGUUCUUCAGAUGCAGCGUCAGUUCCAUCAGGCUCAGCUGGGCAAAUGGCAGCAAAUCCUCCAGUCAUCGGUCACCCUGCUCGACCAGAUGAAGCAGUCUCUGGAGAAGCUCCACAAAGGCAUCAUCAGUCCGGAGAUGCUGCAGCAGGACGCUGCUGACCCCUCAGCUGCAUCUGCCUCAGACACACUGCCGGAUCAGUGACCGUCUGUCCAUCUGUCUACUGUAGCUCUGCUGAACUUGCUUGCAGACUCCUACAGAGAAGCUCUGGUCCAGACAGCUCCUUCUCUGUGACUGCUAACGCUCUGGCGGCUGCAGACUGAGCGUUUUAAUCCUCCCUGCUGGACCUCCUGAUUGUUCUUUAGCCGUGUGAUCACUUCAUCAUGGUUUCAUUAGUGGGUAAAGUUACCCAGGCUCUUUAGCUGCAACAUGCCUUUCUACUGUGACCGAACCGCGAGGGAAUCCGGGCAGAAGCCCUCGCGUCCAAAAACCACUUCAACACUAAAGCAAUAACUCUGCACUGCGGUGGUUCCUGCGGUACCCCAGUUCUGCACAUGCUGGAGCUCGUCCUGUUUUAUCUUCCUGCUUUUUAAAGGAAUACUCUAAAUUUUUUCAGCCUGAUCUCUGUUUACAUUUACAUUUAUGGCAUUUUGCUGACGCUCUUAUCCAGAGCGACUUACAAUUUUUAAACAUUUUACACAGGUGAGCGAAGG